AUGAAAGAUCAGUCUACUAGCACUGCCAAUGGGGGGCUUAACGAACCAGUCAACCAGCGCAAGAUCACCAACGAGAUUGCAAUGCACAACGCAAGAAGCGUGCAAAGUCACAGAGAUUCUGACGUCCAUCACUCCCUGAAUAAACCUGCAUUGGCAGCAGAUGUGUCCUGCACACCAGCGACAAACAGCAGUACAAUUUUGGAGAGCGAUUUGAGGGCUGUAAAGCUGUGUUUGAUGUCACAACUAAAUGGAGACAUAACUCACGUUGACGAUUCAAACAUUGAGAGUGGAUACGAAAUUGUUUUCAAUCUCCUUGAGAAAACUGUUGCCCAACGCGAGAGACACUCGCUUUUGCUUGUUGGCCCGAGAUCUUCGGGAAAAUCAACUAUUGUGAACAAAGCGUUGGAUAACUUGAAGUUGGUGUAUCCGAAAGAAUUUCUUGCGAUCCAUUUGAAUGCCUCGAUACAUUCGGAUGACAGCACAGCCGUGAGAGAGAUAGCACGCCAAUUAGAUCUUGCUACAAAACGACAAAACGCAAACAAUGGGAGCACCAUGUCACGUACGCAGCAACACCUUGAAGCUAUUGUCGAACGAAAAUCAAUCCACGAAACAUUCGCCAACAUUUUAAAUGUACUUAGCGUUUCUUUGGAGAGCAAAGGAGACUCACAAACGAAACACAUGCCCUUGAUAUUUGUUAUUGAUGAGUUUGAAAAGUUCACAUCUAACAUCAAGCAGACUUUAUUGUAUAAUCUUCUUGACAUGUCCCAGAACAGCGAAAUUCCAAUCACAGUGAUUGGACUUACAACAAAGAUUAAUGCUAGGGACUUCAUGGAAAAAAGGGUAAACAGCAGAUUCUCACAACGUAUCUUGACAGUUUUGCCUACAACCCAGUUUCCCGAGUUUGUAAGGAACUCAAUGAGUGGGUUCCUACUCAAUCCCGCAUUUGUGGAAUCAAUGAAUGCUCCUCAUUAUGGAGAAACAUGGAACGCUAACUCCGCUGUUAAUGCUCUAUCAGAUAGUGAACUACACCUUUUGGUUGCAGCGGCAAAAUGGACCGAAAAGUUUAACACCCCCACAAUAAAUUUCAACUUGGCGUUUGUUGAAUACAAGUCUUUGAUGAAGGAGUCGAAUGCUUUUGCAGGUGCGCCAUUUUCACUAAGCAAUAUGAAAGUGGACAAGAAACGUUUAUCCAAGAAAGCUUUGAGGAACAGUUGGGACGUCCUAUUCAAGUGCAAUUUGCUCGUUGAGCCGUCGUCUAUGUCUUCUGCCACUCCAAGCGCAUCAACCGAAAGAAGGUCAAUCAAAACUGUCAUGGUUGGCGAUAAUACAAUGGUGUUGCUAGAAAUCACCUUGGACGAGUUGAGCCUACUCAUUGGAGAUACUAGAUUAGCCAAGAGGUUUUUGCGCCUAUAG